ACCGGUACGGUAUCCAAACCCAGCCACGCUAAAUUAAACAAAGCCCGACGAGAGAUUCGUGUCCACCUCCUCCUCCCUCGUCUCCGUCCCCACUUCCGCCCGCCGAAACCCUAGCCCUCCCCGUCCCGCCUCGCCGCCGGCGAUGGGCGCUGCAUGAUCGGUGCGCCGCCCCCUUGGAACCGCCUGCCUACCGGCAUCGCCAAGCCCGCCGCCGCGGCUGCCGUCGUCGUAGCGGCGCUCGCGUCCUCCUUCCUCGCCCUCCCGCGCCCACGCGCCGCCGCUCCGCCCCCCGCGGGAUCCGGGCCCCUCAUGUCGAAGGCGAGGGUCUACACCGACGUCAACGUCCUGCGCCCCAAGGAGUACUGGGACUACGAGGCGCUCACCGUCCAAUGGGGUGAGCAGGAUGACUAUGAAGUUGUCAGGAAAGUUGGAAGAGGUAAAUAUAGUGAGGUCUUUGAAGGCAUCAAUGUUAACAAUAAUGAGAAAUGCAUCAUUAAGAUCCUUAAGCCUGUCAAGAAAAAGAAGAUCAAGAGGGAGAUCAAAAUACUUCAGAAUCUCUGUGGAGGUCCAAACAUUGUGAAGUUGCUCGAUAUUGUCAGAGAUCAGCAUUCAAAGACUCCCAGUUUGAUAUUUGAAUUUGUCAACAACACAGACUUCAAAGUUUUGUACCCCACAUUGACGGAUUAUGACAUCCGCUACUACAUAUAUGAGCUACUCAAGGCUCUAGAUUACUGCCAUUCUCAAGGUAUCAUGCAUCGAGAUGUCAAGCCCCACAAUGUAAUGAUAGAUCACGAGCUCCGGAAACUUCGCUUGAUAGACUGGGGCUUAGCUGAGUUCUACCAUCCAGGCAAGGAAUAUAAUGUCCGUGUUGCAUCGAGGUAUUUCAAGGGACCUGAACUCCUUGUUGAUUUACAAGACUAUGAUUAUUCUUUGGACAUGUGGAGUCUUGGUUGCAUGUUUGCUGGAAUGAUAUUUCGCAAGGAACCAUUCUUUUAUGGCCAUGACAACCAUGACCAACUUGUGAAGAUUGCAAAGGUCCUUGGAACAGAUGGGCUGAAUGCUUAUUUGAACAAGUAUCACAUUGAGCUGGACCCUCAACUUGAAGCUCUUGUUGGAAGGCAUAGUAGAAAACCCUGGGCGAAAUUCAUCAAUGCUGAUAACCAACAUCUAGUAUCGCCUGAGGCCAUUGAUUUUCUCGAUAAGCUUCUGCGCUAUGAUCACCAAGAUAGGCUUACUGCACGUGAAGCUAUGGCACAUCCCUACUUCCUCCAAGUCAGAGCUGUGGAGAACAGUAGGUCGAGACCACAAUAAUCAUGGUCUACACCCUCGCGAUGGAGUUGUUGCUAAUUCCUGAGUACCAUAGGCUAAAACCAUGUUCAACAAGCAUUUCGCUCUUGGAAUCUGGGCCAUGACUCCAUGGCAGUGAAUCAAAUAGUAUGAGUCGCAUCAUGUUGGCAACCUUGGCAGAGCUUGUUAUUAUUGUCUUAAUCUUGGGACUGUAGCUUUAAACCUGCAGGUUGUGCUUGAAUGGAAUGAAAUAUGGAAUUGUAUGUGAUCUUUUUAGACAAAGUGAAGAGUACAAUACAACCCUAAUCAUACUGCUUGUAUUAUGGUGUGCUAUUAUGUAUGUAUGAUUCUUAUUUAUAUUUCGGGUGAUAGUCAUUGCGGUGAAAUACUUUUGUGGA